GACAUUUUUGCAGCACCCAGCAUUAGUGCGAAAGCGAUCAAUAACUGUGACCGUGCAAAAGAGGUGCUCAAGAAACUACCAACAGAAAAACGUUUUCCAAAACGGUGGCUUAUAAAAGUAUGAAGAACGAACCGAUCCUUUGCGAAGGCGUAAUACAUAAACUCACGUCAUAUUGAGGUGUCCGUGUAGAACUGUACAGCUAACCUGGCUCGUGUAUUAUGUGAGUGACGAUUGUUUUAGCCCCUUCAAUACCUUCGGGUGGUAGAUGCAUUCUCAUUUCGGAGUCGGAAUAGUCGGAACUAAAAAAAACAUCCCCAUUCCUGGUCAGAAAGUGCAACUUUAACUUCACCCACGUGCUGAUAUCCUUCCCGCACAGGAACGAUUCCAAAGGUACGACUUCUGCCACGCCAAACACAGGAUGCCUAUCGUAAACAUAUUGAAGCGUGCGUCCAGCUACAUCCUUGGCAGCGAUGACGACACGGACGAUGGUUCCGGCGAACUCGUUUACGAGGAUAAUGAAAUAUUGUUUUGCAAAAAUAACAUCUGCGUACAUCCGCCCGCCGUUGUGCGCCAAGAAUCGGACAUACUGCACUAUCCGGGCUAUCUGACCGUCACCACGAAAACGUUCAUCGACCAGUACAACAAUGCGAAGCGUCCGACACUGUUUCUCACGUGGAUCCCAAACUCGACGCUUCGCAAAUGCCCGUCGACGGUGGAAAACGUCGUGCUCGGACGUAAUGCUAACGGUGGUGUUGGGUUGAGUGAAAGCAAACUGAAGCUACACCUACAGCAGCAGCAACAGUUGCAUCUUUCGCCGAAAGACAACACCGGCCAUGGUGCGAAUCAGCAAACGAAGGGAGUAAUCACGACAGUGCAGCACGAGAAAGGUGCCGUCCCGUUUGGGGAGAAUCCGUUCACAACGACAAUUAAGAUUGCAAACACGAAUCCGUUCCUGGAACCGUACAACGAAUCCAUCGCCCAGUCGGCCACGAGCGAGAGCAAAUCGAUGAACUGUUCCGACUAUUCGGAAACGAUCAGCAUCAGCUCGAAUUCGGACAAGGCGAGUCUGUGCAACAGCAAUGAUUACGAUGGCAGAGAUGAGGAAGUAGUCCCGGAACCGGAAGAGGACGGUGACGAUGAUGUGGACGAAGGAUGUAUCAUCAGUUCGGAAACGCAUCACUCUACCGGUGGGACAGCGGACGAGCUGGAGAGUGAUGAUCCGGAGCUGAAGACGGAACUGCAGCCACUGCUCGAUGACGGCAGCAAGCUACCAUCGACGGUCACAGCGAAGCUGCACCACCACCAUCAUCAUCAUCAUCACAAGCUGCCAUCGCAAUCGUCCGUCACAUCGGUGAACAUUACGAUCGCGAGCCCACACAUCCAGAAUGUGGACAUUUCGCCACCGGAAGCGACCCUGCCGGCGACCGAGCGCUUCCUCCGUUCGCUCUCGAUCACGUCCAGCGAUGAGAACAAUCCGAACUGGAUGUCACCGGAGCUGCUGGCGUACAAGCACAAUCUCGCCUUUCCGGAAAGUGCAUCCGCGUCACCGAUCGUGAGCCGUAAGGCACCGCUAAAAUGUCGCCGCUUUUCGGUCGAUCUCAGCCAGAUGCGUGCGCUGCGGCUGUUCUUUAACGACGAACAGUGUACCUCCGGUCAGCUGGUUAUUGCAUCGCGUGAAUCUCAGUACAAGAUACUUCACUUCCACCACGGUGGAUUGGAUCAUCUGGCGCAGGUACUACACCAGUGGCACUGUCUGCUGCACAACAUAAAGCUAGCGCCCGGUCAGGAUGAACCGGCGGCUAAUUUACCGUACCGUCAGUUUAUGGUUUGCCGACCCGAGGUACGGCUGGCCGAGCUACAUCCGGAGGAGGGCAAAGUGUCGAAGAUUACGACCGAUUACUUCUACGGUACGCUGCUGAACGAACGUGGCCAGAUCGAGGAUGAUCUGCAGCUGCGUAAGUGUGUAUUUUUCGGCGGGCUCGAUCGUAGCUUGCGCAAAACGGUGUGGCCAUUUCUGCUGCACUGCUACAGUACCGGUUCGACGUUCGAGGAUCGGGCCGCACUGGCGGAGAUACGACGCCAAGAGUACGAGGAGAUAACGCGCCGCCGGCUGUACUCGAUGUCACCGGAAGCGCAGGCACAAUUCUGGCGCACGGUACAGUGCGUCAUUGAAAAGGAUGUCGUGCGGACGGACCGUGGCAAUCCGUUCUUUGCCGGCGAUGACAACCCAAACAUUGACACGAUGAAAAACAUUCUGCUAAACUAUGCGUUCUACAAUCCCGGCAUGUCCUAUACACAAGGAAUGAGUGACCUACUGGCACCGGUGCUGUGUGAGAUAAAAAGCGAAUCGGAAACAUUCUGGUGCUUCGUCGGGUUAAUGCAACGGGCCAUCUUUGUCUGUACGCCAACCGACAACGAUAUCGAUCGUAAUUUGUGUUAUCUAAGGGAAUUGAUUCGGCUCAUGGUUCCUAACUUCUACAAGCACCUUCAAAAGCAUGCCGAUGCGAUGGAAUUACUGUUUUGCCAUCGUUGGAUUUUACUAUGCUUCAAGCGUGAAUUCACCGAAGCCGUUGCCAUACGGAUGUGGGAAGCCUGCUGGUCCAACUAUCUGACCGACUAUUUCCAUCUGUUCCUCUGUCUGGCGAUUAUUGCGGUGUACGCGGACGAUGUUAUUGCUCAAGAUUUGCGCACGGACGAAAUGUUGCUUCAUUUCAGCUCCCUGGCGAUGUACAUGGAUGGACAGUUGAUACUCCGCAAGGCACGCGGAUUGCUGCAUCAGUUCCGGCAGUACCCGAAGAUUCCAUGCACACUGUCCGGGCUGUGUAAACGUUGCGGUCCCGGCAUGUGGGACUCGGGACAUCAUCCGUCGAUCGAAUGUAUUGGUCAUCUGGAUCACGAGACCUGCGCGUUAGCUAUGGAUUAAGUUAUUGUUUCUUCGCACCACCGUUGCCUCUCUCUCUUACUCUAGCUUGUCUUGUUUCGUUUGCUUUCUACCGCACAUAUCUCUCGCAUCGGAAUAUAUUUAAUGAAUAUUGGUUUAGUAAUAGCAACUUUAAUCACAUUCUCAAAAUAGUUUGCUUAGGAACGCUCGAGAGCAGUUUAAACUGUGGUUAAUUAAGACACAAUUCAGCUUUCAAUGCUUUCUAUGUAAGUGUCUGUGCUUCGAUCUGUUUAAUGGUUAAAAGCGCCAAACACCAUGCUUGAGUUAUAUCAUUGCUGGUUAAAUUGGGACAAACGAUCCUCCUAAAUGUGAACAUUCCACUAAUUUUCAAAGCUUGUACUGUAUAAAACAAUUUCCAUCUAAUUCAACCUUCAAAGAUAUUGGUUGUGACGGUAAUAUAGUAGCUUUAUUAUUUCCUUCUGUUUUGCAUUGUUAUGCAUUUGCAUGCAAACGGUAUAAAACUAGUCGUUUGUUCGAUCAUCGUAUGGAUGGAUUGCUGAAAAGAGCAACAACAAAAAAGCUGAAAAACAAAUAAUUCCACUGACUGAGGUACUGUCCGUGUCGCGGAAAGCAAGAGGAAACUCGUUCAAUAAAUAUAGAAAUUAUCUAUUGUUGAUGUUAUAUUAUACACAUAAAAAGCUAUAGAUAUACCAAAUUUUAUAACCAAUUUAAAUGCUAUUCCAAACCGUGGUACCGGCGAGUCAAGGCUACAGGCUUUCCAUCACAGGAGCGUUAUGUACUACUGCUGUUUCCUUUUCGCCGUUGAAUUACCGUACCAACUACUUGUGUACCAUCUCGAAAGUUACAGACAAGAUUAGAGUAAAAAAAAGUAAAAUAGCCGUUACAAGUUUAGAGAAAUCCAAACGAAUUAAUUACAGUAAAAAAACAGUAAACACUCACACAAAGAACAUGGACGAGUUAUUAGAUAUUUUAAGUUGAAUCUGAGUGCUGCUAAAGGUACGUAAAGUGAAAUCAAAAUAUACGGCAUAUAGUAUGGAACACACUUGGUUACGCUUUCCUGGCUACAAAAUUACAAACGAACAAAUAAAGCAAAUACUGCGCGGAGAAAAUAUGCUGCUUGCUGUUAUUAUAAUACUGCUGUACAUUAUAACACAAACAUACAAAACAAAAACAAAGAAUAACAAAUUGUAGAACAAAGAAAGACAUGUUAUAAAAAAACCCAAAAGACAGCAAAACACUGCAUUGAGUGGUAGGCAAGAGGAAGUAGCAUUAGCAAAAUGGCCGACAACAACACACAUCCACUAACUGCUAGGUAUAAUAGUAUUAGCUCCUGUAACCGCAAUGUGCUAAGGAAAAUAAAAAGAACGCAACCAAACCAACUAUCAAACCAAAUAACAAAACAAAA